AUGUCUUCUUCUUUGGAUAGAGCUCUCCUAGCGAUGACGAUAGAGGAAGAGGAUGAACCUUUUGAUCUUCCUGAUCUGCCUCAGUACAGUUCAUGUGAUUUGGUCGGAGAAGUGGUGGAAGUUGCCUUUGAUCCUUCGAAACCCCAGAUAAAUGAUACUGUCAGAGUAAAGAUUAGCUUUAAUGUCUCCAAACCGCUUCGCAAAACUAACGUAGUCAAUCUCCCAAGUGGUGGACAAACUUCAAUCCUAUAUGAAUACGAGAUGAUUCACAAAAGAUGUUUCCACUGUCAAAGAUUGACUCAUGAGCAAACAGUAUGCCCUAUAAAACUUCGUUCUCUACAGAGAGACUCUGAUCAGCUACCUUCUUUAAGCAAAGCAUCUGACUCACUUAAGGAGUUGGUUUUAAAAGAGUCUGAUCCUCUCUUUGGUGUUCUGGAAAAAAAUCAAGUGGGUAUUAAUCCUUCAACAGGAAGACCUAGAAUUGCUAAAGAGAUUCUUGAUGGUAUGAGACUUUAUCUCCUAUCUGCUUCCGGUCCAGAAAAAAUCAUCAGAGAACAAAGAGUUAAGGCUUCUUUACCAGAUAUUGGGAAUGAUCUUGUAGCUCAGAAAUCUUUUCUUAGUUUGGAAGCUAUUCCGAGUGUUACCAGUGAAGUAGAUAAAGGAAAGGGUCAUGUGUUUGACUUUGAAAAACAGGAUAACAUCAAUAUCUACCCUCAAGUUCCAGGAUAUCAUACCAAAUUAUUAGCUUCAACGAUUCAAGUGGGAGGUAUUAGGAGGGAGUCCUUUGUUCCUCAAUAUUACCGCUCUGAAGGAUCAGCUAAUAACUCUUUUGAUGACAUGAUGGCCUAUUCAUAUUUCUCAUCAGUUAAUGCAGCUAAGGCUGGUGAAGCUGGCUCAUCAGGCACUGCAGUGGGUUUUAGAGCCGGAAAAGCAAGAAGAAGACCUUCCAGAAACAAAAGACAAAUCCUUGAUAAGGAUUCUAUGCUUCAGCAACGCAUCUCAAAAGAAGGCUCAAAUAAUAAAAGAAAGGCAGAGGAGCAAGUUGGAGGAGUUUCUUUGGCUAAGCGGAAGCUUGGCACGGCGGUCCUAAUGGAGGGACUGCCUAAAUUUUUAUGA